GAUCAAACGUGGAAAUUGUGUUUAAAGAGAAAGAGAGAAUGGGCAUUUUAGUCCAAUAAAUAACUGGUACUGUCAAUUCACCUCGUCUCGCGGCUGGAAAUCUGAAAUCGUUUUCUUUCUCAAGUCGGUUCUGAGAGCUCGGACCACCUAAACCAAAAACGGAAACAGAAAAAGGAAAACUUUCUCUUAAAGCACUUUCAUUUUUGUUGUUGUUUUAAGGAGUUGAAUCUCAAUCAUCGGAACCGAAUCCUAGCUAUUCCUGGCUUUGAAGCUGGAUUUCUUGCAGUUUGUUUUUAAAAUUUGUUUUUUCUGUUCUAAUCUCGAUAAAGUUCCUGCUUGUUGGCUUCGAAGUGAAUUCAGCUCUCUGUUCUCUUUACGUACUCGAAGAAACUGUCAAAUUCUGAAUUUUUAAGAAGGAUUUCAGAAAUAAAUGGCCAAGCGAGGAUAUAAGCUGCAGGAAUUUGUGGCGCAUUCAGCGAACGUGAAUUGUCUAAGUAUUGGGAAGAAAUCAUGUCGGCUUCUCAUAACUGGUGGGGAUGAUCACAACGUCAAUCUUUGGGCGAUUGGGAAACCCUCUUCUUUAAUGAGCCUAUGUGGUCAUAUAAGUCCAGUUGAAUCAUUAGCUUUUGAUUCAGCUGAAGUGUUGGUGCUUGCUGGAGCUUCUGCUGGUGUGAUAAAGCUGUGGGAUUUGGAAGAAGCAAAGAUGGUCCGCACUCUUGCCGGACAUAGAUCCAGUUGUACUGCUGUUCAGUUUCAUCCAUUUGGGGAAUUCUUCGCUUCUGGGUCCAUGGACACAAAUUUAAGGAUUUGGGAUAUCAGGAAGAAAGGAUGCAUUCACACAUACAAAGGUCAUACUCGAGGCAUUAGUACUAUCAGAUUCACUCCUGAUGGUCGCUGGGUAGUAUCUGGUGGAUUUGAUAAUGUAGUAAAGGUGUGGGAUCUUACGGCUGGCAAACUCUUGCAUGACUUUAAGUUUCAUGAAGGGCAAAUUAGAUCCAUAGACUUCCAUCCCCUUGAGUUUCUCCUGGCCACAGGUUCAGCAGACAGAACUGUGAAAUUCUGGGAUUUGGAAACCUUUGAACUGAUUGGAUCUUCCAGACCUGAGACUACUGGAGUUUGUUCAAUUAUCUUUCAUCCAGAUGGGAGGACCAUAUUUUCUGGUUUGGAAGAUAGUUUGAAGGUCUAUUCAUGGGAACCAGUUAUAUGUCAUGAUGCUGUUGAUAUGGGAUGGUCAACACUCAGUGAUCUCUGCAUUAACGAUGGAAAGCUUUUGGGAUGUUCCUUCUAUGAAAAUUCUGUUGGAGUUUGGGUAGCAGAUGUUUCGCAUAUUGAGCCAUAUGGAUCUGGUGUACCUGAUCAAAAUGACUACACAGAGAAGAAAAUUAAUCCCUUGGGAACUCAUUCUUUGGGGAAAGUAGGGACUGGCAUUAGAUCCACUUCCAGUUUGUGCUGCAGGUCUCCUGAUUAUGACACAAAGGAGAUCAAGACAAUAUAUGUGGACACUACUGGUGGAAAACCUAUGGCUUCCCUUAAAGUUGGGUCUUUGGAAUCUCCAAAAAUUGUACUCCCUGUGGAUUCCAAGGAAAUCACUGAUCUGCAAGCAGAGAAGCAGAAUACUGCAAAAGAUUCACUGGAAAAAUUUAAUGUGCAAGCACUUAUUAAAUCUUCUGUUGUUCCUAGUAUUGUACCUUCUGAGAGUCCUGCUGGGAAAGACUCUGCCAAUUCUGGCAAAGAAUCUAUUACCUUUUCUAAGACAAAACCUGGUAUGCUGCUCAGGCCGGCUCAUGUACGGAGGCCUUCAGUUAACAAAGUUGAAACUGAAAAGCUGUCUACACCUGUUGAAUCUGGAAGUUUUAGUAGCAUGAAUGGUGAUAUGGACUGUGCAAAGGAUCCAAACUUCCAAACUCGGCUUCUGUCAUCAGAUGGAGCAUUAAAAUCUGUUGAAAAGGACUCUGAUAUCAAGAGUUCUACGGAGAAGAUUCAAAAAGUUGUAUCCCUGCAAGGACAUUUGAAUCAAGAAAACUGUGAUGAAACUCUUAAUCACAGCAAAGAAACUCACUCUAUUAAAUAUGUCAAUGGAGUUGCUGUUGUACGGGGAAGGACACGCUCUCUAGUGGAGAGGUUUGAAAGAAGAGAGGGAUUUAAUACCAAUGAUGAUCAAGCAGCUAAUAUCACUCCCCAGAGGACUGUUAUUAGCAAUGAAGACCAAGCAACAAUUAUCACACCUAGCUUGAGACUCAGUAACAAUGAAGAUCAAGCACCUAAGGUUACCCCUGAAAUGAGAAUUGAUAGCAAUACAGAUCAAACAACUAGCACUAUCACUCAUGUGAGAUUUCAAAACGAUGAAGGUCAAACAACUAAGACUACGUCUCCUGUGAGAUUUAAGAACAGUGAAGAUCAAUUCACUACUUCACCACCAGUGGGAUUUAAUGACAGUGAAGAUCUAACAACUAAUGCUACCUCUCCAGCGGGAUUUAGGAACAGUGAAGAUCGAACAACUAAUACUUCCCCUCUAGGGAGUUUUAUGAACAGGGAAGAUCAAAUGACUAAUACUACCUCUUCUGGGAGAUUUGUGAGCUGUGAAGAUCAAAUGACUAAUUCUACCCCUCCUGGGAGAUCUAAGAACAGUGAAGAUCAAGUGGCUAGUGCUACUCCUGGAAGAUUUAAGAACAGUCUAAAUCAAGUGGCUAGUACUACCCCUCCUGUGAGAUUCAAGAAAAGUGAAAACCAAGCAGCUAAUACAACCCUUUCUGUGAGAUUUAAGAAAAGUGAAGAUAAACCAACUAAGGCCAUCCCUCGUAUGAGGUUUAAGAACAAUGGAGAUCAACCAACAAACACAACUCCUUACAUGAGAUUUAAGAACAAUGAAGAGAAGGCAGCUAAUAUGUCUCCCAAUAUGAGAUAUAGGAACAAUGGAGAACAAGCAACGAUUUUAAGCUCUCACCUGAUGGUUGAAGCCGACAAAAGACCCACCAAUCUGAAUCGAGAACCUCAAAUUCCAGGAAGGGAUACAACCCCUGCAAAUGAUGGGGAAGUUAUUGAAAAUUUGAUGCACACUCAUGAUGUAUUUAUAAGUACUCUUCGGUCUCGCUUGACAAAAUUACAGGUGAUUCGACAUUUUUGGGAAAGAAAUGACAUUAAAGGUGCCAUAGGUGCUAUGAUGAAGCUUCCAGAUCAUUCUGUGCAAGCUGAUAUAAUCAGUAUCCUGAUGGAGAAAAUGGAGACUCUCAACUUAGAUUUAUUUUUGUGCUUGCUUCCUGUGCUUGUUGGUUUACUUGACAGCAAGAUGGAAAGGCAUGCAAACAUCUCACUGGAGAUGCUUCUGAAGCUUGUAGCAGUAUUUGGCCCAAUGAUACGUGCAACCGUUUCAGCACCUCCUGCCGUCGGUGUUGAUCUUCACCUGGAGCAAAGGCGAGAAUGCUGCAAACAAUGUUUUGUACAUCUUCAGAAGGUCCAGAAAAUUCUUCCUGAUCUUGUAAGGAGGGGUGGUUUGCUGGCAAAGAGUGCUACAGAAUUGAACUUGGUUCUUCAAGAAUCAUAGGCAAUACUGCAAACCAAUACUAGUUUCUGCUACAGCUCUUAAGAGCUGCUCGAUCGAUACUUUAACGGGAUACUAUCUAAUACAGCAUUUUCACAUAUCGUUGUGUGUAUUCACAAUUUUGUCUUGCUGCUGCAUACAUUCUGCUGUCAUCUUUGAUUUUCGGCUCUCUUGUAGAUGCCAUAGGCUGAGACUCUUGUGAGCAAAGGUAAGAGCAGCACCAUGCCUUAACUGUCAGCACCUGCAUUUUCAGAAGGUAGAAGGAUUGUCAAUUUUGGCCUGCUGGUGCUAUGUAGGAAAUUCCUUUUCAUGAUUCUUUGAUUCCAGGUAAUGUGUAAUUUUCCAUUAAAAUGAAGGUAACUGUGGUUAAGUAUAUAUAGUUUAUGUAUCUUAUAUUUGUAAUGAUCAAUGAAAUACAUAUACUUUUGAAGCUUCCCA